AUGGCCCUGUCCCCGGAAACUACUGCGCUGCUCUUAGGUGGUGCAGGAAGGGCCCACAGCAGCUCAGUCCAUACUGAUGAGCUCCCCACCUCCACACUCUUGUCCACAUGUGCACGCCAAGCAAAGCUCCCCGAGCGAUUCCCGAAGAGUUCCAUCGGGGUCCCGACACUCUCUGUGUGUAUCCACCUAGAUUCCCUGGCUAGCGUGGAUGAUGACCUUGACGUGGACAGCAGAGAGGGAGAGGCCCCAUUGUUCACCAAGGUGGUGGCCCUGCUGGAAAGGGAGAGUGUUCUUACAGACCUACUGGUAGAGAGCAUCGAGGACUACUCCACCAGUGACGAUGAAGUCUCUUCAGCAUCCUCGCUGCUCUCUGACCCGGAGAAGGAUUCCACGGAAGACAACAAUUCCGACGAAAGGAGCCACCCUGCGCCUCUCUCGAGAAGCUUCCCUUCGGUGGACAUGGUGCAAACGACAAGGGAAGCAGAAGAAGAGGAGGACUCGGGAACGGGCUGCGCCACAGGACAGUAUGCCCACCACCCCGAGGCACCAGAGGCUCCUGGGGUGCUCCGACAAAGGGAGCCAGGAGGGCCCUGGGGCCCCACUUGCGGCUCCGAUUUGGGCCCGGAGGAGGAUUCGGCAUGA